UGGGCCCUGGAACUGGGACGGGUCAGAGCUGGGGCCUAAGGCAGCUCAGAGAGGGUGGCCCCACAGUGAGUGUCCCGGGGCUGGAUGUGGGGCCCUCGGCUUGCCCCUUGUCACUCAUUCCAUCCCGCCCUCCUGACUUCCACCCCCUGACCCCACCGCGGCCUCCCUCCCCAACAGGGACACCCGUCUGCCGUCCUGUCAGCGCCAGGAUGGAGAAGGUUCUCCCUGCUUCCCGUGGGUUACCGAGUGGAGGGUUUGUUGGGGUUUUCCGGGUUUUGGUCUUAAGACUUUACUAUAGUUUGCAGGGGGAAAUUUCCAGAAGGGCAAGGAAGGCAGCACUCCGCUUGGAGCCAAAGAAAACACACUCAGAACAAGACACGGCGUUUCUUGCCCGUAGGAGGAGUGGGCAGGCGGCCCUCCGGCCUGGGGGGCUGCCUGGGCAAGGGACAGGUUGGACAGCCGCCUGGCACCUACCCCCCGCCGCCCGUCCCUCUGCUUCCGAGCGCUCGGCACGUGGGGCGGUCCCGGGGCCCUCGAGAAAGCAGGGUCCCGAGAGACGGCGGCGGCACCACGUGAGCCCCACGCCUCCAACACCCCCCAGGGAAGCGCACCCAGGGCGGCCGGCCUGGCUGGAGCCGGACGAGAGCCCGGGCCCGGGGAGAGGAGCCCACGGAUGGAGCACAGCCCGGGCCGGGGAGAGGAGCCCCGGGGAGAGGGAGGCGGAGCUCAGGCAGCUCACGCUGACCACUGACCUGCGGAGGAGAAGGACGCCAGCCCGACGGCAGUCACGGGAGCUCGGGGUAGCAGCCUGCCUUCGGGGACUUUUAAGUCGGCCGCCGCGGACAGAUCACCUCCGGCCUGGCCAAGCGCGGGGCUCCGUUCCUCCAGGAGGUGACGUCUGUCCAGAGCCGGACGCCGGGCGCAGGGGGGCAGGGCUGCGAAGGCAGACCACGGCCCAGCGGAGAGGACAGGACAGGGCCACGUGCAGAAUCCCAGGAGCUGUGGAGACAACAGCACGGCAAACCCUGGAUGACAUGAUGCUCCGUGCUGUCCCGACACCAAGGUCGCACGACAGCGGCGACACCGGGCCUCUGUAACUUUCGGAGAACGACCCGAGUCUGCCCGCAAGCUGCAAAGAGGCCACAGAACAUUUGGAAACAUACCUGGCUCCCUAGGGAUCCGGGCCUGCAUGCCUGGCCUCUUCCCGCUCUGCCUGGGGACCCUCCCUGCCCCAAAAAAGACUCGUCCAUGUUACAAACCCUGGAAACUGAUUUUGAGCUUCUUUAAAAAAAAAUUUUUUUUAAUGUUUAUUUAUUUUUGAGAGAGAGAGCAUAAGCAGGGAGGGCAGCGAGGGAGACACAGAAUCUGAGGCAGACUCCAGACUCCGGGCUGUCAGCGCAGAGCCCGACGUGGGGCUCGAACUCACGAACCAGGAGACCAUGACCUGAGCCCAAGUCAGACUUGAGCUUACUUAUAAAAAAGGUUUUUUGCAGAUGUUAUAAAGGAUCUCAAGAUGAGAUCAUCCUGAUCAGGGUAGGUCCCAAACCCAGCGACAAGUGUUCUUCUAAGAGGCAGGAGAAGGACACUUGACAAUGGAGGCAGAGAUUGGAGGGACAGGCCACCAGCCAAAGAACAAUGGGACCCUAGGAGCUGGAAGAGGCAGGAAGAGCCUUCCCCUGGAGCCUCGGAGGAGGCGUGGCCCACCAACGUGAUUCCCGGGAACCAGGCACAAGGCCCAGCACACGGGAGGAGCUCGUGAAGCCUCUGAAAACCCACUGCAGGUCUGCCUUAAUGUGUUUGCUGACCCACCGGCCACGGCCAUGGCCACGGCCAGCCUGACUGGAAGGCCCCCAGGGCAGCCUGGGGCAAUGGGUGACCCAGACACCUGUGGCCACAAACACCAUCUGGGGCCCUCCGCUAUCCCUGGGGCUCCCAGUUCACCCAGAUGGCGAGUCCCUGGGAACCCUGUCCCAACACAAGUUUUCGAAAAAGUUACCUUUUUAUAACCACACACGGGCACGUCCCUAGGCCGCGAGCAGGAGUGAGGCGUCCACACCCGCCGCCCCGCGGACGGACCCCGAACACACGACGCUCAGGGAGGGAACGCGACACGAGAGGCCACACGGGCUGUGAGUCCGCGUGUGUGAAGCGUCCAGAACAGGCCCGUGCACGGACGGGAAGGGGCUCGUGGGGGCCAGAGACUGGAGAAGGUGGGGGGUGGGGAGUGACUAGUGAUGGGGACGGAGUUUCCUUUGGGGGUGAUGGAAUGUUCCAGAAUUGGAUAGAGGUGAUGGUUGCACAGCUCUGUGAACGUACUAAGUGCCACUGAAUUGUACAUAUAAAAAUGGUUAGUUGUA